AUGGCUACAACGGUUGUUCGUGGUGUUACGCUAACGGAAAAUACUUGCGUGGAUGUUCAUGAAACCCAUGUAAAAGACGUUAUGGAAGCUCAGGAAAUUAAAAAAUCGAUCAGAGGCGUAAAGGGUUGGGCUAUUGUAUUGAAAUUACCUCAUUUUAAUGCAAUAUGGGGAUUUCCAUACGAUUUUAUGCACGGUACGUUAUUAGGAGUACAAAAACAAAUCGGAGAAAGUUGUACUAUUCAAGGUUCUCCGAUUUAUUUAAAUAAGACUCAGCGAACAGAAGUCAAUAAUCGAUUAACAAGCAUUACUCCAAUCAAAGAAAUUCAGCGUUUACCGAGACCUCUAAAUAUCCGAUGUAGUUUAUUUAUACUACUACAGAAUAAUAUCACUGACAAAGAACUCCAAAAAUGUGAAAUAGAUCUUCUUCGCUUCGUCGCAGAUUUUGAGAUAUUAUAUGGCAAGGAAAACGUGACGUUCAAUAUUCACGCUUUGCUGCACAUAGUAGAAUCGGUACGAAUGUGUGGACCAUUAUGGGCAACUUCCACUUUUAGUUUUGAAAGUACAAACUUCCAUCUUAAACAACAAUUAAGUGAGCCAAAGGGCGUUGACAGUCAAAUUAGCAAAAAAUAUCUGCAGAAAAAUUUGUGGAAGUGCUUUAGCGAUGAGAAAAGCACCACCGAUUAUGAUGAAGCUGAAAUGGCCGAUAAUGUAGAGAAUGAAGAUCUACACGAUAGAAAUAAUGACGACGAUUCUAUAAUGUUUGAAGCUUCUGCACUGACAGUGUCAGAUGUAAUGGAGAUGAUUACAGGACUUUGCUUGCGAUAUAAUUUGUCUUAUGAAGUAAGAAAAGCGAUCGUAGACUUAGCUAAGUGUCUUGCCGGGCCACGACAUAACAACGGGCAAUUCAGUAAAUAUAAUAUACAGCAAAAGUACGAUUCACCAGAGAAUAUAUUCACUUACACAUUUUAUUGUACAUUAUGCAAAGCGCGUUUGCUAGGACCAAUAUGCAAAACAGAGUUUAAAAAUCAACCUUCAACCUGCAGAAAGUGUAACGAAAAAUAUCUAUUGUCAAUGCAAUCCGAAAAUAAAUUUAUUUACGUUGAUUUAAAGUAUCAAUUGAUAGAGUUAUUGAGUAAUACAUACAUUCAGCAACAUGUAAUCGAUUAUAUAUGCGGGCGUAAUGACAGGAAAAAUGAAGGUUGCAAUGGGACAAUAGGUGAUGUGUCGGACAGUAAAGUAUAUCGAAAUUUGAUCUCAAAAUAUUCAUACGAAGCUAAUGAUGAGUAUCUUCUGACUUACAAUUUCAACACCGAUGGUAUGCCUAUCUUUAACAGCAGUAAGAAAAGCAGUUGGCCGAUUCUUCUGUAUAUAAACGAAUUACAACCAUCUAUGCAAUUCAAACAUGUUCUAAUGUGUGCUUUAUGGGUAGGAGAUAAAGAACCAACGCCUGAAAUGAUGAAUACGUUUUUAGAACAAUUUGUUAAAGAGGCAAUACAAUUGUUUGAAGAAGGCAUUGUGAUCAAUAACAGACAAAAACGGAUUAUAUUUAAAUUUGCGCCAAUGUUUUGUGUUGUCGACUCAGUAGCCCGUCCUGUUGUCCAAAAUAGGCUCCAAUACAAUGGCUACAACGGUUGUUCGUGGUGUUACGCUAACGGAAAAUACUUGCGUGGAUGUGUGCGUUAUUUAUUUUGUGACACUAAUUGUGAUUUGUCUCGAAGUCAUGAAACCCAUGUAAAAGACGUUAUGGAAGCUCAGGAAAUUAAAAAAUCGGUCAGAGGCGUAAAGGGUUGGGCUAUUGUAUUGAAAUUACCUCAUUUUAAUGCAAUAUGGGGAUUUCCAUACGAUUUUAUGCACGAAUUGACUGUUUUCACACGUCAUGCGCAUGCGCUAAUAUAUGUAGUGGGGAGUCAUUAUAAGAGACGGGGUUAUUAUAUGGGAAGUUAA